AUGUGCGGCUCGGACAUCUUCCUGGCGAUCCUCGCGAUAUUCUUCCCACCGGUUUCAGUAUGGAUUAAAGUAGGCAUCUGUACAGCAGACUCGAUCAUCAACCUUGCUCUUUGUUGUCUCGGCUAUGUGCCGGGCCUACUACAUGCUUGGUAUAUCAUUCUCAAAUAUCCAGAGCAGGAUCCCGAUGAUCCAUUUUACGAACCGGUUCCUGGGGGUGCUCAUCGAAGGGACGUCGAAAAUGGCCAUGUGACAUACUACUACGUUUCCCAUCAACAGAUCCAGCACCCGUCCCAGAGAGGCUACGGUACUGUGGCACCAACUACAGCGACACAUCCGCCGCAAGAACAAUCACAGUCUGCUCCUAAGCCCCAGAAUGAUCCCGCGACCGGCAGCAGCAGCGAUCAAACACACGGUGAUUCGCGGCCACCACCCACGUAUGCCGAAGCCGUGAAGGGUGACCAUAAGGUUCAGGACUGA